GAUUCAAUAAAAAUUAUAUGGCCUUUGCGAAUUGUUUGCGUGUUAGAUUGGACACGAAUCUAGACCGUGGGAAAAGUGAGUAAGCAGUGGAGCGUGAAUUGUGCUACUAGACAUGCAGCAGUGCUAAAAAUACGAAUAUUUCCUUUAUAAUUGCCGUAUUGUGUCAAUGUGUGUGUGUUUUGCAGUGGUGAUAAAACUUAGUCAAAUUAUUAUAUAAUAUCGAGAUAUAAAUAAAAUAAAUGUCGCAAACUUUGCCUGUUUCGCCACCACCAUCUCCACCAUUACAUCAAUCAACCACUGCCAAAAAAUAUUUAUCACCCGCGCCAGUAAGUUAUCCUCAACUAUCAUCAUGUACAUGGGCAUUGGAAUUCCCCGAAUUGCAAAAGGCGUGUUUUCUCGCACGCGUAUGUGAGGACAGGCCUCCACGUUAUUAUCAGUUGCGUGAUGUAACUGCCAUUUUACAGGAAGGACCCACCUGUGGUCUGACGGCGUUAAGCAUGCUUUUGAAUGGCACACCCACUGCAGGUGAACUACUGCGGAUAGCAAAAGAACUUCGUUACACCAACAAUGGCGAAAUGUUUAGUGCACAAAAUUUAUUUCAACUUAUUUGUGAUACGCUGAAGACAAAGAAAAAUUCUACAACAGCCGAAGCGAUAAGCGCAAUAAAACCCCACCCAACAACGAAUGGUAUUUUGGCAACAGAAGCGAAUGUCAAUGAACGCAGGAAUGUGUUGGCGGCAGCGGAAUGCGAAUUGCAUCAAGGCCCACUUGACUGCGCCAAGGUUAAAUCAGCAUUGCAAGAGGGUGCUUGUAUUUUCGUGCCGUAUGAUCCAGACCACAAUCACUCGCCAUGCCUAAAAUAUGGUCAUAAAGCGCAUUGGGCGCUCAUCAUUGGCUAUUUAAUAAGCGAUAACAAUGAGCUUUUCUUGCUUGCACGUCAUGGUAAAGCGAAAAAUCUGGCGGUCUGGUCAAUGGCCGCUUUAAGCGAUAGUAAUGCCAAUCUUAUUGAAUUUGAACAGCCUAAAGGCUAUCCUGAUUGUGAUUUUCUACUGCCACUUGGUGGUAUCGGUGGCGAUUUAGGUUUAAGAGAACGUGCCAUAAUUGUAAACAAGUUGCCGCAAGCUCAUUUAUAUAAAUAUACAAUGAAUUGAAAGAUUUUUUAUAGAAACCUCAAACAAAUGCUCUUUAAAAAUGUAACCUAUUUUAUGUAUAUAUGUACUUAAUAACAGUGAAAUAAAAUAAAAUAAAGAACAAAAAAAAAAA